AUGAAGGUCACUCAGCUUGUGGUUGCUGCCUACCUGGCCUCUGGACUUGCUGCCGCUGAUACUAUCAAUCCUGCUCCAGACCAAAAACAUGACGGUGACAAGACUGCUGCGACUUGGAAACCUGAAAGCAAGCAGCCUGCCCCAACCUGGAACCCAGAGAGCCAGAAGCCUGCAACAACCACCUUGAAGCAUGAGACCAGCAAGCCUCCUCCGACUUCCAAGCAUGAGCCUACCAAGCCUGCUAUAAGCUCUAGGCAUGAAAGCAGCAAGAAGCCUCCCCCAAGCACCAAGCAUGAGACCAGCAAGAAACCUGUCUCAACCACCAAGCGUGAGAGCAGCAGGCGUCCCCUCACCAGCUCUAAACACCAGACAAGCAAGCCUACAGCAAGGUCUACAAGUGAGAGAAGCAAGUCCCGUACUCGCUCCGAAAGCGUUAAAUCGAGGAGCACCAGAACACAGGCUACAACGGAGAGGAAAACUAGAGUAACAUCGCCUGGACCGACGCAAGCUCAAACAACGGCUGCACCACCGCCUGAGUCGUCAGAGGCUGUACCACAGCCACCUGUUGUACCGCAGCCGGUACCACAGCCGCCUGAGGGUGGUCCACCAGGGGCAGUUCCUCCCGAGGUUGGAGGUACUCCGCCCGAGAGUCUGCCUGGCCCGGUCGGCGGUGGUGGUCCCGGUGGUGCUCCCGGUGCUCCCGGUGCUCCCGGCGGCGGUGGUCCUGAAGGUGGUCCUGGUGCCCCUGGUGCCCCCGGCGGCGGUGGUCCCGGAGGUGGUCCCGGAACUCCUGGUGCCCCCGGUGGCGGUGGUCCUGGAGGCGGUCCUGGUGCUCCCGGUGCUCCCGGUGCUCCUGGAGGUAGUGCUCCCGGAGGCGGCCCUGGUGCUCCAGGCGCUCCUGGUGGUGGUGGUCCCGUAGGUGCUCCAGGCGCUCCCGGUGCGCCCGGAGGCGGCGGUGGUUUGCCACAGCCGGCCAGCGGCCAGCCGGGAGGAGGCGCCGGACAACCUCAGCCUGUUAACCAACCUGGAGAAGCCGGUCCUGCCAAUGUUCAGCAACCUGGGCAAGCCGGCGCCGCUCCUGCCAUUGCUGAGCAGCCUGGUGAAGCCGGCGCCGCUCCUGCCGGUGCUCAGCCACCCGGGCAAGCCGGCCCAGCCAACGCUGAGCAACCUGGUCAACCUGGUCAACCGGGCCAACCGGGCCAACCGGGCGGGCAAGGUGGCGGCGCUGCCCAGCAGUCUCCUGGGGGUGAGCAACCCACAAGCCCGCCGAGUCCAGGUCCUGCCGAUAAGGCAAAGGUUGGACUGGGGGCUGUCCUUGGCGCCUUUCUUGCCAUUCUCCUCCUCUAA